CCUCGCCGGUCACCUCCACUCCACCCCGUUAGCCCCUCCACGCCUGAACCCCCUCGCUCCGGGUGCUGCUGCGGUUGUAGCCUGAAGCUGCAGGUGAGAUCCGGUGCCGCGUCUUCAGCGCGGGGAAGGGGAAGGCCUGCAAUGCUCGAGCCCGCGCCCGGCCCCUUCGGUUCGCCGCGCUGAAGUCCGCGAUGGAGGCCGCCACCAAGCGCGCCCGCGCGGGCCGCUGCUCGGCGCCCGACCGGCUGAGCGCCCUGCCGGACGAGCUCCUCCGCCACGUCCUCUCCUUCCUCCCUUCGCGGCAGGCCGUGCAGACCACCGUGCUGUCCAAGAGGUGGGUAGAUCUUUGGCGUUGGGUGCCCGCCAUCAACCUCGACAUCAGGGAUUUCCGAGACACCGACAGGAGCCUCGGCGACUGGGAAAAGAUGAAGGAUUUCACCAACAAUCUGCUGAUGCUACACAAUGCCCCGCGCUUGGAGGCAAUACGCCUAGGGUUAUAUAUAAUUAGUUUUCGGUCUUAUCCGGGUCCAGGUCCAGGUCCAGUUGUGGAUAGAUGGGUUAGGCGUGUCAUCAAGCACCAUCCUUUGGUACUGGAUAUCUUUGUCUGCAGAAGCUUUACGCACAUCUUCCAGAUUCCCCUUAUUGGCUCCGCUUUUUGUCGCCUCAAAACGCUGAAGCUUCAGGGUGUCUCUUUGGAUAAUUGUUUCACCGAUCGGCUCAAUUCUGGGUGCCCAGUCCUGGAAGAUUUGGUUCUCAAUUAUUGUCGCAAUGAAUUUGAUGCCAUUCAAUCUGACACACUGAAGAACUUGGUGGUUGAGACUUGUUCGAGUCGCAUUGCAGAUGUAUUGGUCAUCAGGGCUCCUUGUCUCACUUCCCUCUCCCUGAAUUUUCCUUAUAUCCGCUAUAGAAAUGGUCUUUCAUUAGAGGCAGGAAAUUCCCUUGUGAUGGCAUCAAUUUCUGUAGAAAGUGAUGGAUCAUCUCAAAGUUAUCAGACAAUGAUUCUGGGAAACCUAUGGAAUGUGACAAGCUUGGACUUGAAGGGUUUUGGUGCAAUGGCAUUCCUUGAUAAGGAAUUAGAUAAAUUCCCAAUAUUUGACAACUUGAGAACCUUGUCCCUCAGCUGGUGUUUUCUCAGUGAACAUGAUGUGCACACAUUCAAGGCCCUUGGAAGAUUUCUGCAGAAGUCUCCUAAUCUGGAGAAGCUUAGUUUGCAGGAUUUCUGGGUGAGGCCAGUUGUAGGACCAAUUGAAUUCCCCAUGCUCAACAACCUGAGAACCUUAUUUCUGGAUGAAUGCGAUUUGCGUGAUAACUUCAGGAUAUUGCGUCACCUUCUACGGAGGUCUCCUAAUUUGGAAAAGCUCAGUGUACGGUGUUGCAAGCUCCCAGAAGGUUCUGUGGGAGGGAAAGGGAAGGCGAGAAAGACCCAUCUCUGGUCCCGGAACCUGGUGCGCUUCCAGUGCCACAAGCUAAAAUCUACUGAGAUCAUAUACGAAAAGGGUGACAAAAUCCAGGAACUGGUCUGUUUGUUGCUGGACAUCUCAGAAUGUGCACCAAUGGAUACUGUAACGCUUACCAAAGUAUGAAGAAGAGAACAAGCUCUAGCUCGGCUCCAGGUGGUCUAGCUCUAGCUUGGUAACCUCUCCUUGUAAUGCCUCUUUGGACAGAAGCAGCGCGGCAUGCUGAACAUGUUUUUAUACUGUUUCCCGUUUGCCUAAUUCAGACGCUCUUCCUACGCUGAUACAUAUUUCUGUAAAUCACGUGCACUGCAUGCAAUAGUUUCCAGAGUAGGGAAGACACAGUUGACAACAGGAUCGGCCCUUUUCCCC